AUGAUGAUUAAGCCAUAUGUGAGACAAGGUGAGGGGGAGGAGGUGGUCAGCCCUCUGCAGUGGAUGGAUGGAGACAUGAGCUCACCUGACGGAGAUGCAUCAGGCUCAUCACACCGCUACAGGACAGGAGGAGCGACCCAGCAGGACAGGGAGAUGGGGAGCGAAGAUGCUGAGGAGGAAGAGGAGGAUGAGGAGGGGGGACAGGAGGAUGAAAAUGAGUCCAAACGACGUGGACCCAAGAAAAAGCGGAUGACCAAGGCCCGACAGGAGCGCUUCCGCGCACGGCGCGUAAAGGCAAAUGCCAGGGAGCGCUCACGCAUGCACGGUCUAAACGAUGCACUGGAGAACCUGCGGACCAUCAUGCCAUGUCACUCCAAAACACAGAAACUUUCCAAAAUCGAGACAUUACGGCUGGCACGCAACUACAUCUGUGCUCUGUCCGAGGCUCUGGAGGGGGGUCUGUCCACAGAGAGCCGAGCCUUCAUGGAGACGUUGUGUAAAGGUCUCUCACAACCCACCACCAACCUUGUGGCUGGCUGCUUGCAGCUGGGACCAGCGUCCAGCACCGGGAUGAGGCCUGAGGACAGACACAGAGUCCGGGCAGCGCCUGCCUCUCUCAGUGGCGUGGUGAGCUACUCCUCCCCAGGCCUGCCCAGCCCGCCGUAUGGCACUUUUGACUCUGCUCACCUGCUUCAUCUGAGGGCCAUGAAAGGAGGCGUGUAUGAGAAUCACUCACCAAAUGAGUAUAACGCCGGGGGCGUGGGGACCCCUCCGUACGACGGCCCCCCAACACCUCCUCUGAGCAUCAGCAGUAACCUGGUGCCCAAACAGGAGCCUUCACCCCACUACGCACCACCACACCACUACUCCCCCUCCCCUGUGGACCAGGGCCUGUAUCAGACUCAGACCGGCUAUGACAUACAUUUAGAGGGGCCGUAUGACUCCUACCAUCCACCACACAUGCCCCCCCGACAGAUCACCUCCGUCUACAGAGACUAA